AUGUUGUUCCUCUUAUUCACUGUGUUUGGAUCCCUGGCCACGGUCAAAUCGUGCGGACUCCGAAAGUUUGAAAACCUGUUGACCUUUGGAGAUAGUCUCACAGACGACACCUGUGGCCCGUACUUUCUCAAGCAUAAUCAGUUGCCACCUCCCGGAGUUGUCUUGCCCGUCGAAACCUCUGCCAGCGGCGGUCACGCCUGGGGCCGUAUUGCUGCCAAUACCGUAGGGGCCAACUAUGUCAACUAUGCCGUUCAAGGCGCCACUUGCGACGCAGAGAUUGUGCAAAGACGUUUUGACUUGAUGGACAUGCUCUCCCCUUCCAUCAUGCACUAUGAACCCCCUGCUUUCAAGGCAGAUCUCAAAUUUACGAAUGUCUUUCCGAAUCGUCAACCUGACAACACGGCCUACACUCUGUGGGUCGGACCCAAUGAUCUUGGGGCAGGAGGCUUCUUCAACGACGCUUGGGCCCCAGGGGCGACGCUGACCAAUGUCACCGAGCGCUUCUGGGAGGCCCUUGACCAAAUCUACGAAACCGGCGGUCGCUACGUUGUUGUCAACACCCAAGCGCCAGUCUACAUCUUUCCCCUUUACAGAGCCAUCGAAGACGGCGGCCCCGAUGACAACGCCCUCUAG